AUGCGGAGCAUUAUCUCUAAGUUUUGGUGGAGUGGGAGCGAUGAUAAGAGGAAGAUUGCUUGGGUUAGUUGGAAGAAGAUUUGUAAAGCUAAGAAGGACGGAGGGCUCGGUUUUUGUAAUUUGCGUGCCUUCAACCUCGCAAUGCUAGCAAAACAGGCGUGGCGAUUUAUUCAGUCUCCACAGUCUCUUUGUGCUCGGGUGUAUAAGGCUAAGUACUUUCCCAAUGUCGAUUUCCUUCAUGCUUGCUCGAGACAUGGUUCUAGCUACGCUUGGAAUAGCAUUAUGGAAGGUAGAAAGCUUCUUGAUUCGGGUAUUGCGUGGCGCAUUGGCAAUGGCCAAUCGGUGAAUGUAAGGGAGGAUAAUUGGAUUACUACGGCUCGGUACAUGAAGCCUCUCAGUCAUUUUGAUUCUCCAGCAGAUUGCAAAGUUAGCUAUUUCAUUGAUGAUAAUUCCGCAACGUGGGAUAUAGACAAGUUAGCAGCGACACUGAGUCCGUAG